AUGGUGCGCUUCACCGGCCCAGGCGGCGAGGGCGACGCGGGCGGCCGCGAGCCGAUGCUGCCCAGCACGCCCCAGAGCGGCGACCUGGAGCGGGGGAUACCUCGCUUGCAGCGCAUGUCCUUGCUGCUAAUGGGGCGCAAGGCCGAGGCUAAGUGUUGUGCGCGCUACCCGUCCUGGAUGUUGAUCGACAGCGAGGAGUCGCGCCGCCUUCAUCUGUGGGAGAUGUACAUCGUCAGCCUGUUGGUCAUCGUCACGGUGACGGCGCCGUUCGAGACGGCCUUCAUUGAACGCGACCCAGUUGUGGACGCUUGGUUUUUGUUUAAUUUCUUUAUGCAGAGAUGCUUCGUUCUUUGUUGA